UCAGUGGAGCAAGUCUGGGAGAGGAGCCCUCAUUCUCCGCCAAUGGAUUCUGGUUGACAACUGGUGAGGGACCGGCCCUGCUUUCUUCAUGCCCCUUCACUUCCCCCACCUGGAAAUAUGAUCAGCGCCCCAGAUGUGGUGGCGUUUACCAAAGAGGACGAGUACGAAGAGGAGGCGUACAGCGAGCCAGCCUUGCCUGAGGAAUACUCUGUUCCACUCUUCCCUUUUGCCAGCCAUGGGGCCAACCCCUGGUCCAAGCUCUCAGGUGCCAAGUUCACCCGGGACUUCAUCCUUAUAUCGGAGUUCUCGGAGCAAGUGGGACCCCAGCCAUUGCUCACCAUCCCGGAUGAUGCCAAAGUUUCCGGCACCUUUGAUCUCAACUAUUUUUCCCUCCGCAUCAUGUCGGUGGACUACCAGGCUUCCUUUGUGGGGCACCCUCCUGGAUGCCCUUACCCAAAGCUGAAUUUCGUGGAGGAUUCUAAAGUAGUGCUGGGUGAUUCUAAGGAAGGAGCUUUUGCUUAUGUGCAUCACCUGACUCUCUACGAUCUCGAAGCAAGAGGCUUUGUCCGGCCUUUCUGUAUGGCCUACAUUUCUGCCGAUGAGCACAAGAUUAUGCAGAUGUUUCAGGAACUCUCUGCAGAGUUCUCUAAAGCAUCAGAAUGCUUAAAGACCGGCAACCGAAAAGCUUUUGCGAAUGAACUGGAAAAAAAACUGAAAGACCUUGAUUACACUAGAACUGUUUUGCACAAUGAGACUGAAAUCCAGAAGAAAAGCAACGAGAAAGGAUACUACACCACACAAGCCAUUGAGAAAGCCAACGAACUGGCUAGUGUUGAAAAAUCUAUCAUUGAGCAUCAAGAUCUUUUAAAACAAAUCAGAUCAUAUCCUUACAGUAAGCUGAAAGAUUCUGAUUUUCACCCUUAUGAGCCAGAGUGUGUGACAGAGCAAGUUGAUGAUAGUUCCGAACAAGGAUUUACUACCUCGAAAUCUGACGAACCCAGUGAAACACACCUUUAUCCUCGCCAGUCCUCUUACACCCCGAAACUUAUCAAGGCAAAAUCUGCCAAGUGCUUUGACAAGAAACUCAAAACCCUUCAGGAACUGUGUGAUAUUUAUUUUUUCACCCAGACUCUAGAUCAGUUACAUCAAAUUGAGAAAACUUUCAGAGGUGACGUUUGCUACCUCUUGACCAAUCAGAUCAGCAGAGCACUUUUGCAGCAUCAAACUAUUACCAACUUCCUUUUUGAAGACAUGUUCCUCAUUGACGAAAAACCAUCUGAAAGGCAUUUAAAUGGCUACCAGGGACCUAACGCAGACAGCCCCAAUCCCAAAGGUUUGGAAGUCUGCCUUAUCCCUAAAACGUUAGUCAGCUUGGGAUCUUACAAAUCCAGUGUUGAGUCUGUGCCUAUAAAGAUGGAUCAGGAGAUUGAAGACAUGCAGGAAGCAGAAGUCACUGACCCUGUUACUUACGACCAUCACGACAAUCUUGAGUACCUCGAUGCAGAUCUUAAAGGAAGCGUUAGUAGUGGUGAAAGCAUUGAGGUUUUGGGGACGGAAAAGUCUGCUACUGCCCUGAGUCAAUCUGAAACCCAGGCAAGCAUGCCACAAGCCCGCCUGAGUCCACAAGUGGUGAGGAGCAAAGCUGUCAGCCGAAGGACCAUAAGUGAGGACAGCAUCGAGGUCCUCAGCACAUGUCCUUCAGAAGCUCUGAUCCCUGAUGACUUUAAAGCGAGCUACCCAAGUGCCAUUAACGAAGAGCCUUAUGCAGACGAAGAAGAUGAAGGUUUUCGCUUUAGCCCUGUUUUAAAUCCAGACAACACUGAAGGCAACCCUGAACCAGAAAACCUGCUCCCCGUGGACUCUGCCUGUUGCAUUGGAAAAGAGAGUCCAAAUUUUCUCGAGCCUCCGUCCAACAUGGUCCCCAAACAUUGCGAUGGUGACAGUGUGGUCAGCAUCCCGCCCCAGCCAUACCGGCAAGGGGACCAGGGGUUUCACGUGAAUUUCACAGACUAUUCUUCCCACGAUGGCGUCUUGGGAGGCCUCCUCACCUAUGAACUCGACCCACAUUAUCUCUCGAGCAGCAGAGAGACGAGUAAAAUGAGCCUGGAUAAAUGCUCAGACUCCACGAGCUACAUCAGCAGCACAGCCUCCACCAGCUCAGACAGGACUCCUUCCCCUGCCCUUCCUGCUGGUCAUUUCGGAGAAAGGCACAAGAAGAAGUCGGGGCAAAAUGCACUGAGGUUCAUCCGGCAGUAUCCCUUUGCUCACCCUGCAAUAUAUUCGCUACUGAGCGGCAGGACUUUGAUAGUGCUGGGGGAAGACAAGGCGAUCGUGGAGAAGCUCGUCACCGCACUCUCUAUCUUUGUUCCGAAUUGCGGUGCGUAUGCCAAGCCGGUGAAGCACUGGGCCACAUCUCCUUUGCACAUCACAGAUUUUCAGAAGUGGAAGCUGAUUGGAUUGCAGAGAGCAUCUUCUCCGUCGGGUGUCAACAUGAUGCACUCCCUCUGCCGCUACAGCCGCUACAUCAGUAUCCUGGAUGCUGACAGCAAGACUCUCCGCUGCCCGCAGUACAAAGGGACCCUGAUCCCCAGGCUCGCUGACCACCGCACGCAGAUCAAGCGGGGGAGCACUUACUUUAUGCACGUCCAGACCAUCCUGACCCAGCUGUGCUCCAAGGCCUUUCUGUACACCUUCUACCACGACCUGCACCUGCCCAUCAAAGAGGGGGAGACGGAGGAGUCCGUGGCAAACCGGCGGCUGAACUUCCUGAAAAUCCAGCUGGGGCUUGCAAACGAGGACAGCAAAGUGGUGCAGUACCUUGCCGAGCUCCUGAAACUGCAGUACGUUCAGGAUCCCGUCCGAGGGGUCAGCCCGGUGCUCAGGUUUGAUUAUGUGCCCAGCUGCUUGUACAAAAUUUAAGUCGUGCCCUGCUGCCUCCCCUCCUCAGCUGCCAGCUCACCCCCGUGGCCAUCUGCAGGCCUAGGCGAUUCCGUGAUCGACACACUAGUCAUUGAGAACCCAUAGGAUGAUAUGGAGGACCCCAGCGUGGCUAAGCCAACCUCAUUAAAAUGAGACUUCCUGAACCUCGGUCACACCUCUCUGGAAGAGGGGAAAUUCAUUAUCAUUUGCUGCUUAAAAGUGGGGAGCGUGG